AUGAACGCAGCACUCGACACUGGGUUUGUGGGCAUUGAGCGUCACUUUCUUGAGCUUGCAGCGUCCACCGCCCUCCCCAUGACUCAACUAAUCAAUUUAUACCUGAAGUCUCGAGGACGCAGUGUGAACGGCACUAAUUACUGGAAUCUGUACGCCAAUUACUUCAAGGACCACUUGCAGGAGGAGCUCGGCCGCUGUGAAAAAGAGAAAUCAGAAGGCAGUGGGACACCUAGUGCAACAUUGCGAAGAAAAUGCUACGAGAAAUUCAAGGACACCUUUCCCGACACCUAUCAAGACAUCCUAUCGAAGCAUGAGGAAGUAGCUCUCCUGAGCUCGUCUCCCCAAACUAUUGCCCGCGCGGACAAGCAUUCCAAAACACUAUCGGAGUGUGACGAGCAUCCUCGAGUCCGGCUCCGCUAG